UCAACAGGUGAAAGCAUGUCUUCUAGUGUUGCCAGUGGUUUAGUAAUCUGGAUGAACUGAAUAGUGUCAAUUAGAGUUCUUAAUACUUAAGGUGGAACUUGUGGCAGAAGGUUGACUGUAGUGAGUGAAUAGUAAUGCAAUAGAAGGAACAGGUGGCUGUUUUCCACGGUUUGGACCCCAAUGAACCGCACUAAAAUGGAAGUCAAGACAAUUUGGAUACUGGUGUUAUUAAUUUACUCCAACGUUUCAGACGGUGAGUUUUAUGAUGCAAACAAUAGUGUUUCCGUUAAUAGCAACGUGGCAGGGGACAAUAAUUUGGCAUCCGUCUUAGCGAGCCGCGAGCUCAACAACGGCGACGAACCUGACUCGGAUAAUCAGGAGAAAAGCGUUUUGCGGCAAGCGGAAAUGAAUUUUCUCGCCAAAUUAAGACAUAGUCAACGACAGGGACAAAUUAUCCCGGCAAUUGAUGCAUCGCUACCAAACCCACCAGAAACGAUUCCACAAACGGAACCGGUGUACGACAUUGACUGGCAGAGUCUGCUCGUCGGAUUGCUGGACAACCCGGACCACGAAGUCGCCGGUUAUCGGUCUCUGGAGGAAAAUCUUGGAACAAUUAUGCGAUUUCUGGCGCAGCGGAGGGACAAUUCAUUGCUCGACGAGCCAAGCUUACUUCCUGCAGCCACCGGAGAGGACUUCAGUGAGCUGGGGCAGAAGCGUGCUGCUGCCUUGCGAACCACCAUGGCCAGGCGUUCGCACACUUUUCCCUUCAAUAAAGAACGCUUCACGCCAUCCAUCAGUGUUGGUGAGUUGUACGGGGCCCUCACUAAUUUAGGCGACUUCUUCCAACACUUGAAGCACAAUCUUGAAUCGUUAGAGUCAAAGAAUUUGUCCAAAGACCAAGUCAAGCUACUGGAGGGAGAAAACAUGAUUUCCAACCUUCGGAAAGGUAGAUUACUCAGCAGACUACCCCAAGCCUGCCGGAAGUGCAGCUUUUCUGCACGCAUAUCGGAACUACCGACCUUCGAACGGAAUCCGAGCGCUGGUAUCAUCGGUUCCCGAUUUGUAUCGAGGGACCAAUUAUCACGACCCCGUGUACAAACUAGCCGGACUGGGAAAGUAAUCUUCCCGCUGAUCCAUCGUCCACUUCCUCUUCUCUCGUGCUAAUGACAUGCUGCAUGUGGUUUCGAAUCUCUGUCCGAUGAGUAUUCUGCAAGCGUACAAUAACAACUGAUUUGUCAAUUUAUAAAACUUCAUGCGUGCUUGAAGUGGCCCCACAAGCACUGCUGCGUUUAUAGUUGGUCACUUGGUUAAAACGGAGAUAGAUGACAUGAUUUGCCGCUUCAACUUGAUGAAUUAACUCGUAGAAAAACUCGUACAAGAACAGUGCUGAUAUAGGAAAAUGAAACGAUGAAUGUAUUUGGUUUGUGUAAAAACAUCAUGCUUGUCAGUAGGUUUUAAUCGAUACCUUAACGCUUUUGAUGUGUGGAAUAAAUUAACUUUCACUCUCAAUUUGUAAGCCGUUGUUCCAGUGGAUGACAUUUUCAUUAACCCGAGAUCGUUAUUACUCUUUUUUUACGUGUAUAUUUCCUUCCAAAAUUCUUGGUAUUAUGAUAAAAGCCUGAAAAGCAGAAAAUUUAUGCAACAUAGUAGGGACAUUUUCUUUUUAACUAAAAACCCAAACAAAAUCGAAAGCAACUUAAACCAAUAAA